AAUCAAUUAUUCACAAACAAAACUAUUAUCACAACAAACAAGUUUCCACGAUCGCAAAAAUGUUGCGAUUUAGGAAACCUUUGUCUCUUCAAAUACGUAAUUAUGGAACUCAAAAACAAGUUGUUAUCGCAAUUCGGCGUGAAGAUCAAAGUGUUUGGGAACGAAGAGCUCCUUUUUCACCAGCUAAUGUACGCCGAUUAACUCGACAAAAUGUUAAAGUUAUUGUUCAACCAUCAAAUCGAAGAGCGUAUCCAAUGCAAGCUUAUAUUAAUGCAGGAGCUGUUAUUCAAGAAGAUAUUUCUGAAGCAAGUGUGAUUUUUGGCGUAAAACAAGUUCCUGUCGAUCAUUUAAUUCCAAAUAAAACUUAUUGUUUAUUUUCCCAUACAAUCAAAGCUCAAGAAUCCAAUAUGCCAUUAUUGGAUGCAAUUUUAGAGAAAAAUAUACGAUUGAUUGAUUAUGAAAAAUUGAUGGAUGAGCGAGGACAAAGAGUUGUAGCAUUCGGUAAAUAUGCGGGUGUUGCUGGAAUGGUUAAUAUUUUACACGGUUUAGGACUACGGCUAUUAGCAUUAGGCCAUCAUACUCCAUUUAUGCAUAUUGGACCAGCCCAUAACUAUCGAAAUUCAUCAAUGGCACGUCAAGCUAUUAGAGAUGCAGGAUAUGAAAUUGCCUUAGGAUUAAUGCCAAAAUCAAUUGGGCCAUUAACGUUUAUAUUUACAGGUUCUGGAAAUGUUUCACAGGGUGGUCAAGAAGUAUUCCAAGAAUUACCCCAUGAAUAUGUUCCACCAGAAAUGUUAAGAAAGGUUGCCGAACAUGGAAAUACAAAUAAAAUAUAUGGUUGUGAAGUUCGGCGGAGACAUCAUUUAGAACGAAAAAAUGGUGGUGGUUAUGACCCACAAGAAUAUAAUGAACAUCCAGAACGAUAUAUUUCAACAUUUAGUAAGAAGAUUGCACCAUAUACUUCAGUUUUAAUUAAUGGAAUAUAUUGGGCAGUUGACAGUCCAAAGUUAUUAACGUUACCCGAUGCAAAACAUUUACUACAACCAGCAAACACACCAUGGUUACCCACAUUUGUUGGUGCUCCUGCACUUCCCCAUCGAAUGUUAGGAAUCUGUGAUAUUAGUGCAGACCCGGGUGGCAGUAUUGAAUUUAUGAAUGAGUGUACAACAAUUGAUACACCAUUUUGUUUAUAUGACGCAAAUAGGAAUAAGGAUACCAAAAGUUUUAAAGGACCAGGAGUAUUAGUAUGCAGUAUUGAUAAUAUGCCAACACAAUUGCCGCGCGAGAGUACAGACUUCUUUGGUGAAUUAUUGUAUCCAUUUGCAAAUAAUAUUUUAACGUCUGAUGCUGAAAAACCUAUUGAAGAGCACGAUUUUCUUCCAGUUAUUUACGGUGCUAUUAUUGCAAGUAAUGGAAAAUUAAUGCCAAAUUUCGAAUAUAUUAAUGAUCUCAGAAUGAAAAAUCGUCGAAAAUCCAUGCCUGAUGAUCAAACAAAAAAAGUUCUGGUAUUAGGUGCUGGAUUUGUGAGUGAACCUUUAGUGGAAUAUUUACAUCGUGAAAAAAAUCUUUCUAUUACAAUUUGUUCAGCAAUAAAGGAUGAGGCGGAUUUAAUUGCACAGAAAUAUCCAGGAGUUGAAAGUGUUUAUUUAAAUGUUUUAGAAAAAAGCAACACGUUACAGGACCUAUUAUCCAAUAGUGAUAUUGCUGUAUCAUUGUUGCCAUACAAUUUACAUGCGCAUGUGGCUCAAUGUUGUAUCGAUACCAAAACACAUUUGGUAACGGCUAGUUAUGCGAAUGAAGAUGUCAAAAAUUUACACGAUCAGGCACUUGAAGCCGGCGUCACAAUUUUAAAUGAAGUUGGUUUAGAUCCUGGUAUCGAUCAUUUCUUAGCAUUGGAAUGUAUUCAUGAUGUUCAAAACACUGGGGGAAAAAUUGAUAGUUUUAUAUCUUACUGUGGAGGAUUGCCAGCCCCAGAAUACAGUGAUAAUCCAUUACGGUACAAGUUCUCAUGGUCUCCAAGAGGUUCACUAAUUAAUACAUUAUCUGGCGCAAAGUAUCUCAGUAAAGGUCAAAUUGUUGAAAUUAAUGGUGGCGGAGAAUUAAUGUCAACCACAAAAGAUUUAGAUUUUCUUCCUGGGUUUCAUUUAGAAGGGUAUCCAAAUCGGGAUAGUACUCUGUAUAAAGACUUAUAUGGAAUAAAUUCUGAUGUGAAAACUGUUCUAAGAGGAACGAUUAGAUAUAAAGGAUUUUCAAAAUGUAUACAAGGAAUGCAAUUAUUAGGACUAAUUGAUCCAAAUCCGCACCCUUGUCUUCAUCCAAAAGGACCAGAAAUUACUUGGCGACAAUUUGUUUGCAAUUUACUUGGCUUAGCUGACAGCAACAUUUUCUACGAAAAUUUAAAAACAAAACUAGCCGAUCGUAUUGAUGGAUCCGACAAUGUGAAAUGCUUAGAGGAACUUGGAUUAUUACAAGAAAAUUCAAUAAUUAAAUUAACAACUCCACUGGAUACGGUUAGCCAUUAUUUAUCAAAGAAAUUAUGUUUAGGUAAAAAUGAACGUGAUUUAGUCAUACUACGUCAUGAAAUUGACAUAACAUGGCCGGAUAAUCGUAAAGAAUCUCGUGGAAUUAACUUUGUUGUGUAUGGAGAGGAAAACGGACAUUCUGCAAUGGCUAAGACUGUGGGUUAUCCAACUGCAAUUGCUGUCAAAAUGAUAUUAGACGGUGAAAUUCAACAACGGGGUAUCGUUCUGCCAUUUGCACCGGAAAUUUAUCAAACUAUGUUAUCAAGACUACGAAAUGAAGGUCUGAAAAGUUUCGAAACAUCGAAGUGGCAUUAAAUUUUUUUUGUAUUAAGAUAAAAAAGACUGCAAAUGAAAA